AUGACCUGUUCAUCCCCACAGCCCGCGGCGAACAUGUUCGAGCUUGUGGGCUCGUCCUCUCCGGAUGAGGCUCCACACCGUCAACAUCAAGCAACACAAAGACAACACGGCAUUUCACAUGACAGCCAAAGACAACGGGAUCAGACCUGGGACCAGGAUAUGGAAACUACUACUAUGGAUUUGGCUGAUGGGAAUUUGAUUGGUCCCAUCACUGUGGGCAACGGUGCUAUUACUACAGCUUGUCUCACCGGGCUCGACAGUCCCUACUCUGUUCUUGGGUGCAGUCUUCUUGACCCAUUCGAUACCCUAUGUGAAAGCCCUGAACGAUUACGACAGCUUCUAAGACAUCGUAUGAACCCAAAUUAUUUGUUCUUUAGUACAAUUAAGCUAAUAUGCAGCGUAGCAUUAGUCAAGUCUGCUGGCGAACCAUUGUUCCGAGUCGACCAACAAACCAAUUUGGUACUGUUCCAGGGCUUCCAGGUAGAGGACGCCCCAUUGUCUUUCUUGGCGGAUAAGACGUUGUUCCACGCUCUAUCUCUUCUCCUCACUUUGGAAGCGAACAACCAUGUACCAAACUAUGAGACUCUGCAUCACCGUGGCCAAGUGCUCGAGUCUCUUAGAUCAGACUUGUUGCAUUCUCGUGAUGGCGUACCAUCGCUACAAAUCAUCACGGCUAUUCUGAUGCUUAUCAGUUAUGAGUACCGAGUACAAGACACCCAAUCUAAUCCUGACACGGCCGCUAUGCAUAUUCGUGGGCUUCAACGAAUAAUGCACCACCCUGAUAUCUUGGCCAGUGGGUACAGUCCACAACGCAUCCAACAGAUACAACGCGCUUUGUCCUGGCAGGACAUAAUUUGUUCUCUGGCGACGGGUACGCCUCGGCUGUUACCAUUGGAGGGCAACGAUGCAUUCGAUCGCUUACGAGAGAACAAACUAUACCACAGCUGCUUUGUUUUACCAGAAGGACUCGCGCCGUACACUGGUAGCUGGCCUGAAACAUCAUUAGCCGUGUUCGAAGACCUGAAUGCGAUGUGUCAGCUUGUAGACAGAAUACACGGACAAAACGCGUCAUCGGCAGACUUGAACGAUGAAGAUAUCAAUACUAUACCCGCCCCAGUACCACUGAUGGAGGACUUGGACGACGAGGGCUAUCCACUAUACAAUAACCAGGCCAACUUGGAGAUUCGGCUUGUGGAUCUUCUCAGCCAAACAAAAGCAGAUUCGCAAAAUCAGGAUGACUUGAUCUACAGAGCGUGCCUCUUUGCAGCAUAUCUCUGCACGUACAGACUCUCUGCAGGUCUCUGGGAAGGUCAUUUCGUACCAGAAAAGUGCGUCACAGAGAUACUUAAGUGCAUUGCAGACUUUUCAAGACAUGUGUCGCCGUGGAAGCUUGCUCCUGACAUAUCGUUCUGGUUACUACAUGUGGCAGGUGGCCUGACGAAGAGCCAGCUGAACAAGAAGCAAGCGGCGCUGCUGAUGCAAAGGUACCGACCUUUUUAUUCAAUUUCUUAUAAUUUGGACUGGGAAGUGGUUGAGAUGAAAUUGAGGAAGUUUGUGUGGUGCGAACACACAAUGAAGUCGAAUCUUUAUCGAUUUUGGCAAGAAUGUCAGAAUGCUUACUGUCAAAGAUCCUAG